UUGAAGAGAACAAAGAACUUGUAGCAGUAAUGGACAGUAUUCUGGAUAAUCUCUCAAAAACUGAAUUUGCUAGCGUUUGUGUUAGAGAUCCUCGACUCCACAAAGUUGACCCCUGGCAUUAUGUCGACUACGAGAUCUGUUUAAAGACCAACAGCAUGUGUUUUCGAAAGAACACUUCCUAUGUGAGACGGCGUUACAGUGAUUUUGUUUGGCUGCGUCACUGUCUGAAGGGAAAUGCUCUGAUCAUAGAAUUGCCCAAGUUGCCACCCUGGAAUCCCUUCUUUAGUUUGAAGAACAAAGAGCAAGUAUCCAAAAGAAUGAGGGGCCUGCAGGAGUUUCUAGAAAAUGUUUUUCAGAAUCCCUUAUUGUUAUCAGAUAGUCGGCUUCAUCUUUUCCUCCAAUCAGAACUCAGUAUCAGAAGGAUUGAAAGGUGUGCUCUUGGUAAGACCAGGUACACUGUCGCUGAAGCUAUUCAACUGUCCAGAAGCAGUUACAGCAGUUCGGAGGAUAAGAGCUCUUGUGACUCGGACUGUGAGAGCUUUGCAUCUUCAGAUCUGGGAUUGAGCAUCGAUGCUACCUAAUUGCUUUCAGAAGGAUUGGCUCGAGACAGUCCGGUCCCUUUUCAUCAUUCAAAUGAAAGAGACCCCUAAUUGAGGAUUCUCCUUUCCAUAUCAUGCACAGUAUUUGUAUUAAAACCUGCAUUACCUUCCCUCAGAUUAUACAUUGGUGUAACUGCCUGUUUGCAAUAGUCUAUGAAGUCAUGGUAUGUUUGACCAGAAAAGUGCCAAAAAAAACCCAACAACAAUAUGUUCAGUGUCCUGCUUGGACCAUUUUAAUUUACCUCAUUGUUCUCAAAGACCUUUGUCACUGAAAUGGUAUGUUUGCGAGGAGGAAGUUCGAUAUACAUUUUUUAAAAACCAUAUAAAACUAUAUGUAUGUUAUG